AUGGAAAUCACGAAGACUUCUGUCCUGCGAUUUGGCACCCUGCUGCUUCAAGCUGCUGCUCUAUUGAGGCUUCUUUGCCUUUUGAGUUCCUUCCUUUGGUCUCACAAAUGGUCCAUCCCAUCGGCUUUUGGCUCUUGCAGCAAGUAUUGCAGGCAGAUCCAAAGCUGGUUGAAGCGUCAGCAAGGACAUGGUGAUAGCAGCAGUGAACAGGAACUCGGUGUGAUGCGCUGCAAAUGGAUGUGGCGCUUUGCUUUUAUUGGUUGUGUUCUCUCCAUGUACCGAAUGAUUUCUCGACAGGCUAUGCGACAUGAUGUCACUACAGGGUUUGAUCUCAAUAUUUUGGUUGCUGCCACUUGUUCGCUCUUGGUGGUUUCAUUUCCUGGGCUGCUGAAUCCGAGAAGCCAAGACAUCGUAUAUGUGGUGAUGAUGUUUUUCCUAGAUGCUUCGUAUUUGAUCCCGCCCGUGGAGGUAGAUGUCCGAGAUGUGAUAGCUUUCAGCUUUCCAGGGCGCUUCAUAUACGGAGCGCUGGCCAGACGGACCAGUGCAACAGCAUUUUGUAUGUUACUCCAUUUGCUCCAAGCACUUCAGAUAGCCAGAUUACAAGGACUGCAAGAAGAUUCAGCUGGAACAGAUCACUCCCACCAAACACUCUUCAUCUUGUUCUGGAUGUUUUUGGGCAUCCUGACUGUCCGGCAGCUGAUCCAUGAGAAUGCGCUUCUUAAGGUGAACUUACAAAAGAGGAGCGUAGAGCUGGGUGCAGUCUCUUCUUUGUUGACUCCGUGCUAUGAUGCGGUUGUCGAGCUGGACCAAGGCUUAAAAUUGACGCAGGAUUCGGGCCAACUCUCAUCUAUGCUUCUCCAAACUGCACCAAAAGUUGGUGGUUUGGCAGGGAAGUCAUUGCUUGACUUCUUCAGCGAAGGAGACAGAAAGCGUAUCUCCGAGCAAGUGCUCAAUCCUGUUGAGAGCGUCUCUGUGCUGGCUUUGAACGCGGACAUGCUGGAUUCCGACUUCAACCACGUGAAAGUGGAGCUGUUCUGCACACGGUUCAAGAAUUUUGCAAGUGAGAGGUGCUUCCUGGUGGGCUUGCGAGAGCUUCAAGACUUGGAACCUCAUGUCCGUGGGACGCGAGUAUCGCGUGGUCCUUCAAACGGGUCCUUAGGCAAUGAGGCUCUCAUCGUGGUUUUUGACCUGCAUAGCUUUGACAUUCACACCAUGAAUGGUGAGAUGCAGCGGCUUUGCAGACCCUACUUAGGGGACACAACCCCCGACAACAUUCUGGACAUUGCGAGCCAAGACACGCGGCUAUCGCUUUGCCGGCAGUUGCAACAGUUGGGGAAUGCCAUCGCUCAAGAACCACACGAAGUCAUAAGAGAGGCUACUGUGACUUUUGAUUUGCCAGGGGUCAGUCAGGCUCGGUCGCAACGUUCUGAAGCCUCUGGUGCCAUUAGUGAGAUGUACCAGCUGCACGAAGUAUCUCAGAGGGAUUGCGGCUGGCUUCGAGUCACCCUGGAGCAUCGACAAUAUCAAGUGGGUAGCACCAACUUUUGUUUGAAGUAUUUGCGGGAUUUUGCGGGCAUUUCAAUUGUAGCCGUGCAGAGUACAGGGGCAACACCCAAUUUCGGCCUAGUGGAGGCAAUGUCGCGUAAGGUGAUCUACGGCGCCAGGAUCCCCUUCUUCAUUCGAGAGCAUUACCGACCACCCCCAGCACCGACCCACAUGAGGGGCAUUUUCGCCAAGUGGGUUUCUAUCCCAGGAGGCAUCCCUGGUGGGUCGCUGCUGCAGCUUCCAAGCGCCAUCGUGGACGUCGCAAUGACUGCGGGCGGCGAGGCUGAAUCGUUGAGCAUCUACUCCUGCCUGGCUGGGCUGAAGGUCUUGAAAAUUGCCACCCGCUCUCGGGACGCGCCUGACACAGUGGUGGAACAAUUGGUUCAGCGUGCCCUUUCUCGGGGCGUGGAUCUUGAGCACGAGUCCAUGACACGAGUGAGGCAUUCAGACUGCCCAGCAUGGGUGCCAUCCACCGUCGGAGUUGAAUCCAUGAUGGUGUGA